AGAGGGAAUAGAUUAAAGCGCAGAAUCAAAUUCCAGAACAGAAGAGAGGUGGGCGGAGCCUCAGGUGAACAGGUAUAAGAGCCGUACAGGUGAGAGACAGAGAGAGAGAGAGACGAGGAGUCUGAGUCUGAACACACUCAACAGUGAAGCCGAAAACAGCUUGUAAAGAUGCUUAAAGGAAUACUCUCAGUGCUCUUGGUCCUGGUGACCUUGUCUUCAGCCAUCGGAAAGCCUGAGAAGACCACUCCCAAGAAAGAGAAGAGGAUUCCUCAGACUCUCUCCAGAGGAUGGGGCGAUCAGCUAAUUUGGGCACAGACGUACGAGGAAGCUCUGUUUUGGUCACGAUCCAAGAACAAGCCCCUCAUGGUCAUCUUUCAUCUGGAGGACUGUCCCCACAGCCAGUCUCUGAAGAAGGCCUUCGCUGAGGAUAAAGACAUCCAGAAGCUGGCCGAUGAAGAUUUUGUGAUCUUGAACUUGGUGUACGAAACCACAGAUAAACACUUGUCUCCUGAUGGCCAGUACGUUCCCAGAAUCCUCUUCGUCGAUCCCUCCAUGACUGUUCGUGCAGAUAUCACUGGCCGCUAUUCCAACCGUUUGUACGCCUAUGAACCUGCGGAUAUGAAACUCUUGUUGAGCAACAUGCAAAGAGCCCUGAAGUUUCUGAAGACAGAGUUGUGAACACACAAGCCCAGCAGAAAGGAUAUUACUUCCCUGAGGGUCACUUUUAUUCUGUCAUUUGUUUACUGACGGCAUGUAACGCACUGUAAAGCCCUGUACAAAAUUACAAUAUGUUCUUUGAGUAGAUUGUUACGGUAAACUUCAGGCUUUCUUUUCAGGUUUUUUUUUUUCCAAUAAAUGAAGUUGUUUGAAAA